UUGGGGGAAAAAUUGGAAAGAAAAACUCAUAUUAAUAAUUAUACGACUCCAUAAAUUAAUAAUCGAAGAUUGAUAAACUCUCCAGUAGCUUUUUCGUCUUGUGUGGACUGGAAGGGCGUAGGCGUAUUUGAAAUUCCAGAGGCUCCGCAACUGCUCUGCUACACCAAAAAUGAAUGAAAAAAGUGAAGCAGAAGAUUCCCCAAAUGGCGAGUCUCAGCAAAUAGUAUCGGACGAUGAUGAGAUUGACUACAGCACAAAGCCUGAAUUUUACGACCCUAAAGUCGAUGAAAUCAACGAAUCAUGGGCUCAAAAACAAAGACGAGGCCGAUGCUCCGACGCUGUGCUAAGCUGCCCUGCUUGUUUCACUACUCUCUCCUUGGAUUGCCAGAGGCACGAAAAGUACGUUACCCAAUACCGAGCAGUUUUUGUUGUCAACUGCAGGAUAAAGGAGGAAGUGCCAAAACCAGGAAGUAGACGAAAGAGGGAGGGAAGAAAUUCUCAGGCUGGUACAGAUCCAACGGGUGCAGCUGAGACAUUCAAACGCGUUUGCUGUUCAGUUUGCUCGACAGAUGUGGGUGUUGUUGAUGAGGAUGAGGUCUAUCAUUUCUUGAAUGUUAUUCCUAGCGAAGCUUGAUUUUUGCCCUUUGAAUUUCUCCUGAGUUUCUCUUGUAGUACUAUUUAGAUGAAACAGAGGCUAUAAAGUAAAAUUGGAAUUUUGAGAAUUA